CGACAUCAGUCAGUCAGUCGCCGCCGUCGCCGCCAAUCGUAAACAAAAUCGCAAUCGGUCAGUGAAAGUUUUUCUUUCGUUUCUCCUAAUUUCGUUUCAGUUGGGAUUUAUGGCGAUUUCAAUUCGUAAAAAGGUAAAAAGUGUAAUGCCAACUUAACUUUAAAUACGCAAAAAAAGCGAUGAUAGUUCCGACACCGGAUUGAGGUUAAACCCCCCCUAAAAUGGAGUCGAGUAACGGUAGCGAGAAAGCCGACCUAAACAACUUGGUCAAAAACAUCGUCAAAAUUUUGCUGUCCACCUCCAAGUAUUUCCACUGUCCGUUUUGUGCCGAUGAGUAUUUGUUCGAGUUCACCCUGAGACAUCACCUGCUGAAGAAUCAUGAAGAGGACCUUUCCAAGAUCGUACAAUCGCCGGAUUCCAGUAUUAAGUUCUGUGAUAGCAACAUUUGUCCAUACUGUGGGGCCUUAUUCUAUUACAUUUCGGCGCUACCGAAGCACAUCAUGAACAGCCACAGCCGGGACUGUCUCAUAAAGUGGCAAGCGAUUGAGCGGGACAGCAGUCUGCGCAAGAGAUUUGCCACCGAGCCGAGUAUCCGGUGUGUUCCUUGUUCGCCGGGUUUGAGCGAUCUCUUCGAAGAACUGAACACUGAUUCCAGCAGAAAGAAACAUCGAAGUCACCGCAGGAAGCCUUCCCCUCUGUACAAGUCAGCCCUGAAGAAUGCCAACCGAAUCUCCGCUUCUAAACGUAUUUCCGGCGAAUCUUGGGUCAGUUGUGACUUUGAAUUCACCUCCGGAGAAGCAGCUCUCAGUGGUUCCGGUUCUGUAGGACGUCGAUCCAAUAGCGUCCGGAGGGAGCUCCAAUUCGAUGCGGUCGCAUCGGAACCAACGUCCCCACAGGAACCAGAGGGCGUUUGCUCCGUGAAGAAAACGAAACGCGCUCGAAAGCGUUUCAAUCUGAAAUCACUCAAACCGAGAGUUGGCCUGAGGAAGUACGUGCUGUCAAAGUUCACCAAAAAGUAUCGAUGCAAAAUUGUGACCAGCACACCGAAUAAUUUCCUGGAUGAUAGUGACGUCGAACGGAGCGAUUCCCGGUUACACAAUCAGGAACGCUGGAACAAGUUACAUCUUGACUGAGUGGCGGCAGGUGAGUACCUUCCUAUUAAUCGUUGUUGGCACCCCCAAAGUAUGGAUAUUCUGCAACAGGAAUAUUCUUCUAAUUUUUAUGGUAUUAUCGAAUCAAAAGUUAUUUAACAGAAUCUAAAAGUAUUUUGACAGUAUGCUUUAACGUAUCUCCUUGCCUAAUUAUUGUAAUUCGUGGGCAUUAUUUGUAACUCGCAUUUUUUUGGAUGGGAAUAAUUAUACAUGCUAAGAAUAAUAUAUAUGUCGAUUUUUAGCUAA